CUCAUCCUCAUCCUUAUCUUCAUCCUCUCAUCCUCAUCCUCAUCCUCCCCUCCCCUCCCCUCCCUGGGCGCGACCCCGCCGGCUCCCCCCGCCCAGGGGGCGGGAAGCAGCGGGCUGCCCGCGGUGGCGGCGCGCCCCGGAGCGGCUCCCUGCGCACGGCGUUUCCCCCACCCCGCCGCUCCGCCGAUAAAUCCCCGAGCCGGGGGCAGCGCGGCACUCGGCGGCUGCCGCGCUGCGGGGAGGCGGCGGAGCUCGGCCCCCUCCCCGCGGCGGGGACCCCGACACGGGCAGCAGGAGCUCAGCAUGUGGGAGCAAACAGGCACUUGGAUAAAUCACAAAAAAGAAAACCACUUAGCAUGCUGCUUCCCUCAACAACACCUUUUUGUGAAGGUGCAAGGCCGAGUGCUGCAGUGAGAGCACAUGUGAAAACAGAAGCAAGGCUGCAACAGCCCCCUGAAUCAUGCUCAAGGUCAGCCCCUCUCAAAGAAGACCAGAAGGUCACAUUUGACUUAAAAGAAGUCAUGAAGAUGAGUGACACAACUGGAGCCAUUAGCACACUCAUCCAUUAAAGGCACUCAGCCCUCGGGCGUGUUUGUCCUUAACAGAUGAAGCAGACAGUGACUCCACCAGCAUGAGUAUGCAGGAGGUCAUCUUCUCUACAACCAGUGCUGCUGCAGCAGAUUGCUGGGUGAGAAGCAAAUCAAACUGAUUUGAAACAUGGAGUACUUCACACGUGGUCAUUGGAAGAGCACAACUUGCUGGACAGCCUCCACAGAACCUCAACACUCUUCUGGAAUGGCGUUUCCUGCCAAGUGUGCCAACUGUGUCAGCAUGACAAAAGACAACUAGUCCUAAGGGCUACAGCUGCUCCUUUGGCAUGGUUGGGACAGCCUCCAGAAUAAACUUUCAGCUCCUGCUGGCUCUUACUGGAUGUAUCUUUGACACCAAGGCCUCUGCAAAGUAACAAAAUCAGAGGAUGUUUGGAACUUUAUCUGUGCUGGGUAGAAUCCAGCAAUAAAUUAUUCUAAUAUAAAGGUCUAAUAGAGUUAAUAGAGCAUACAAAACUGUCUACUAUGUUUCAUCAUAUUUAAUUUGCUGCAAUAACCUGGAGAUGUCCAGGUUUCAGCCUCUCUUUUACAACCAUCGGGUUCUCUGAGAAAUGCUGUGCCAGCUGAGGAGCCUCUGUGUCACCAGCCCCUCUGCAUCAACAGGCAGUGCAAUGCCUCCAGAGCAUUUGGCUGCUUCUCGUCUUCCAUUAUGGUCCCAAGUGAAGCAGUGCCCUCACCUCUAUGGGGAGAGUCACAAGGGACCUGUGGCCUGGUCAUCCCCACAAGAGUGGGUGUGCAAAAGGGGAGACCCAGCCUUCAGCCACCCACAGAUAAAACCUCUUCUGGGACAUGAGCUUUGGGGCUGCCGCGUGAGAGUUUGGUGCAUCUCACCAGGAAUUUAGCCAGAGUUAUCUCCCUGUUGAGUUUUGUGGUUUGUGAAAAUGUGAUGCACCACCCCAGCAGCUUGUCCUGCUGCCUGUGCCCUGUAAUAGUGCUUAGCCAGAGAACAGUGACUCACUGGUGUCCCCCAGCCCACAGCGUGGUGGGACCUAGCUUCUCACAGGAGCUGGGGCAUCACAGGAUGCAGUCCAUGUCUCUCAGCCUUUGGUCAGAUGGGCUUACAUGCCACAGCAGGUGGCUGUGGCAAAACUCGUUGUGAUGUAGGGAACAGACAUAUGUAGCUGAAGCUUACCUAAGAAAAGCCAAUUACCAAGGAUGCUGCAGCUGGAGACAAAGGAUAAUAAUGGAUAGACACCCCAUGUCAGAGUCUGCCUCUGAACCUCCCAUCUCCUUCCUCAGAGUGUGCAGGUGGUGCAGGGCCAGAACCACAUCCCAGCAGAAAGUGCCUUGAGCUCACUGAUGAAGCCCUCAGCAGGACAGGACAAACAGAAUGCCCUGAGCUCUGGGGCAGGUGUGCUGAUGAGAUGUUCCAGCAGGGAUAGAGCACUCCUGAAAAGGCCAGUCAGAGGUCUACGUUCCUUUGUAUAUAUUCUGUUUUGGUGACUUCUGAAUUCUAAAUUCUGUAUCAUAAGUGGUACCAAAUAAGCCCAGAAAUAAACCCAGGCAGCAAUGACACAGAAUCACAGCAGCUCCUUUUCUUAACCCCAAGUCUGCUCUGUUUCAUCGGUACAAUGCCCUAGAGACUCUGCUGUGUGAAGGAAGAAUACUCACCUUGCACAAGUUUUGACAGAGGAGAUUUCUUUCUGUCUGGAUCAUCCUGAAGACCAUCCUGUUCAGAAUUUAACUGCAUCCAGUUAAUGUCACCCAGGAAAAACAAUGAACGAUGAACAUCUUCUUUCCAGGAAGAAACCUGGAAGCUUUUUUGCUGCUCUGUUGAAUAUGGGAUUAUAAAAAAGUUUUUUAAAAAUUGCACCUAGAGCAUCUCUUUCAAAUGGAUAACUGCUGAACCUGGGACUCUUCAUUACCAACUUCUUGCAUCCUGGAGGGGAAAAUGAAUUUCACAAAUUGCACCACUGAAGCCAGUGAGGCUGCAAAGCCAAAGACAGUAACUGAAAAGAUGCUCGUUACCCUGACCUUGGCCACAAUCACAACCUUGACUAUGCUGCUGAAUUCUGCUGUAAUUGCAGCAAUCUCCACAACCAAGAAGCUCCACCAGCCGGCAAAUUAUCUCAUAUGUUCACUGGCUGUGACAGAUCUCCUUGUUGCUGUUCUCGUCAUGCCCUUGAGCAUCACUUACAUAAUGAUAGAUAAAUGGACUUUGGGGUACUUCAUCUGCGAGAUCUGGCUCAGCGUGGACAUGACCUGUUGCACGUGCUCCAUCCUUCAUCUGUGCGUCAUUGCACUGGACAGGUACUGGGCCAUCACGGACGCCAUCGAAUAUGCCAGGAAAAGAACGGCAAAAAGGGCUGGGCUGAUGAUAGCCACCGUGUGGACUAUCUCUGUUUUCAUAUCAAUGCCCCCCCUGUUUUGGAGAAAUCACCACAGCAUCAGUAUUCCCAGUGAGUGCCGCAUUCAGCACGACCAUGUCAUCUACACCAUUUAUUCCACAUUCGGGGCAUUUUACAUCCCCUUGACUUUGAUCCUGAUCCUGUACUACAGAAUUUACCACGCUGCAAAGAGCCUUUACCAAAAGCGGGGCUCAAGCCGCCACCUCAGCAACAGGAGCACCGACAGCCAGAACUCUUUUGCCAGCUGCAAGCUCACACAGACGUUCUGCGUCUCGGACUUCUCCACGUCUGACCCAACCACAGAGUUUGAUAAAAUCAACGCAUCCGUGAGGAUCCCUCCUUUCGAGAAUGACUUGGACCCGGCUGGCGACCGGCAGCAGAUCUCCACCACACGAGAACGAAAGGCUGCUCGCAUUUUGGGGCUGAUUUUAGGUGCUUUCAUUUUGUCCUGGUUGCCCUUUUUCAUCAAGGAACUGCUUGUGGGCCUCCACAUUUGUACUGUCUCUCCAGAAAUAGCAGACUUCUUGACCUGGCUUGGGUAUGUCAACUCGCUCAUCAACCCUUUGCUGUACACGAGCUUUAAUGAGGAUUUCAAGCUGGCCUUUAGAAAGCUCAUCAGGUGUCGAGAACAUACUUAAAAGUACUGAGAGAAGAUGAUGCUGGCAUGACUCCUGGCCUUAAAAAUGAGCAAAACUAUUUGACUCUGCCACUGUUUCCCUUUAUAAAGGGGAUUUUUGUGUUUGUCUAUUUGCUUGACUGUUCUUCAGCCUGUAAUUCAUUAUGCCAUUUUUUAAUCUCUAGUGUUAUUCAUAGUAAAGGGUUUGAAAUAAAUUUAUUCUACAAAGGAAAAGAUUUUUUAGAAAUGAAACAACAAAAAAAUAUUAUUAGUAUUAGAUACUCAUGUCUAAGACCUUUUGUGUAAUCAAUGAUUCAAGAAGCAAACAACAAUAUUCACUUUUAUACUUUUUCCAUUUAAGAAUCAAACAUCUAAAUUAUGUACUGUAUAAACUAAACCCCAUAAAUACAUAUUCAAAAAUUAAUAAACACUUCAUGGUCAUGACAGCUAAACAGCACCUCUUUACUCUGGCAUUGUGAAAAAGCUGUAACAGCCAUUUAGGAGGAAAAUUACCAUGAUUUCCAACUUGGGUUGAGGCAGAAUAAACUAUUCCUUUCUUCAGGAAUACACUCCCAAAACAGAAAGCAAAGUUCAGUUCAUUGCAUCUAGAAAUGAUCCCAUUUCAUAAGCCAAAAGAAUUUUAAAAAGUGUCUCUCUUUGUGUAAUAUUCCAGACUUCCAUUCAAGGUGUUGGGCAGACAGUUGUGCAGGUUGUUUGGCAAUUGAGAGGAUGCAGCUAGCAAGUGUCAUACUUGUGAAACUAACUGCACAUCUGAGUGGUCAUACCUUCAAUACCACUUACCUUAUUUCUUCAGGCUUCAUGCCUUAAUCAGUUUUGGGGUGGUAUUUUUCACUUGUGCCACACUUCACCUGAAUGUUGUGGUGCAUAGCCCCAAGGAUAUAUGGAUCUUACCCCCACCAACUCAGACAGCUGGAUAGCUUCUCAGCAGGCCAGCAAUAUAUAAAAAUUCAAAAACAUCAGUUAAACCUAAUUAUUUCUGAAUAUCAGGAAAAAAAAUCAGUAAAAUAAUUUAUUUCAGAUAGUAGUCUGCACAUAUGACUUGUUGUCAUCCCACGAUUUGCAAUGGCAAUCUUGCCAACUUAACCUAUGGUCAGGUGCUCUGGUAGGAUUUAUUGCUCUGGGAGGCCUUAACAGACCUACUUCCCCUGUCCUGAGAGACAAAAAAGUCCUUUGUAUCCUACCUUUUGUGCUUAUGGAAGUUAAAAUUUUCUAAUUAAAAUAUUGUAGAAAUCAGUCUGGGAAGAGGCAAAAUCAAAGCUGAGAAUUUGAUAUUGUCCAUUAGCAACUCCUAAGCACCAUUUAAAUAUUUAUUACUGCCUUGUACCCUAAUUUUCUUCCCUGUCCAUUUUUAUGGACAAAUUCUUUUUGAAUUGCAGCAAUACACAACAAAGGUAACACCACGUAUGUCAACCUGACAUCCAAUAACCGUGAAAACUAUAGUAUGGUGGUUCCAAAUCCAUCAAAACAAAUACUAGAGGUAGUAAAGUGUUGUAACAGCACUGGAAGCCAUCUCUUAAAAAUGUUUUGAAAAUUUACAAGAUGACAAUAAUUUUUCUUAUCAAGAGUCAAGGAAGUGUAAGUAAUAUGUGAGUAAUAAACUGCAAAUGGAACUGAGACAUGACAUCCUCAUUGGUGAGAGAAAGCAUUUGGCUGGAAAGAUGCAGUGCCACAAGCUGAGCACAAACCAAGUCUGAAGGUGACAAAAGCAUGACCUGCUGCUUACCCACAUGCAGUGGGAUUCUUCUUCCAGGACUCCCUGCCUGAGUUUGGGAGGUCCAUCUCCAGCUGUCCUUCUGGAGCUACAGUUGCAGUUGCCUCCACCAGAUGCCUUUGAGUUCCCUACUAGCAAACAUUAAUACCUAAAAAGAGAGGAAAAUUAUCUCAGCCACUGAAAAUUUCUUUUAGUGAGGAAGCACAGACAUCCACUAUGUUUUUUCCUUUUUGCAGCUUGCUGGAGGUAGAAAUUGUUGAUUGAAAUCAGGGAAGUGUGUCCUGACCCUGCUUAUCAACAAAGCUUCCAAAGCAGUUCUCCAGAUAUGCUAUUAAAAAAAAAAAAAAAAAAAAAAAAAAAAACUAGAAA